AUAACCUUUUAUUCUUACGUUUCGCUUUUAUUUUACUCAACAAACUAUACAAAUUGAGUUAAAAUAGAUCCAAAUCCUGUGUUUUUGUGUUAUAUUUCGUUUUUCAUAACGUUUUGCAUCGCAAAAGAUGUUCUGCAUACAAGAAACGGAACCAUCACAUUCUGAUCCAUUCUCGAAAGAUAAAGAUCCAUUGACCAUGACAACAAUAUCAGAAUCGAGUGAUGAUGAACCGGACACGAAAAGACCUAAAUAUGCCAACUCCUCAUUAAACCUCAAAGUAUACCAAAUACCGACUUUCAACCCACCGAAAUCAUUAUCAAUAUACCCAACAUCACCUAGUAGUAUAUUACCGAAGUUUGUCAAUAAUCCACUAAAUUUAGCAAAUCCCCUAGCGAUUGCGACUAGUAAUCUUCAAGCUACUAAUAUGGUGAAAAGUUUGCAUAGUAGGUAUUCAUUACCAGCUAAAUUAACUAUAACGCCAGUUCACAAACCGACUGCUGAUGGUGAGAUUAUAAGAUAUAAGAAGAAUGGGGAAAUUGCAAAGAAACGAGGUCCUCCGAAAGGAUAUAAAAGGAAACCUAAAGUGGAUCUGUCACAGAGUUUAACUAAUGGAGCCCUUUUACAGGCACAAAACACAAUCCUGACAAGUCUUUUAGCAGCAACCAAUCCAACUUUCACCACCACAGUGACAGCUCCGGUAACAAAAGCUAUACAACCACAGAUACCACAAGUUAAAAUACCAUCAGGUGUGGAAGUGGUAGAGUUAGAUUUAGACCCUGAGGACUGGUUUCCUGCGGAGCCCUACAGGAUGGUGUUUAGUAGAAAGAAGAAUCCUAAAUGGAAGAACUUUCCAUACAGAUGUGAACAUUGCUUUAAAGGUUACCGAGUGGUGUCAACUCUUCUGACUCAUGCUGCAGAGCGUCAUGGCACAGUUCCUCGUGAGCUGGCCAUACCCUGCCCUUGUUGCCCUCAUGUGUCAACACGUCGUAAGCAUCACAAGAAACACCUGGAGACACAUGAGGGUAGACGGCACAGGAUAUUCUGUCUAUAUUGUCUACCGCCACAUGAUUCAUCGGAACCUUAUGUGAAAGAGGCUGAAAAAUAUCCUUUCGAUAAAUAUCCUCAAUUCUGGUAUGCAUCAGAGGAAUCUCUCAGAUUGCACAAAAAGAGGAAACAUCCUUACGCCGCUAUGUUUAAUUACAAUUGGUUCUGUUCGUGGGGUGAAGGUAUACCUAAUAGUUAAUUAUCUACCUAAAUCUACUGUCUUUUUUUAGUAUAUUUUAAUGCUAGCAACUUUUUUAAAAUCCUUA